AUGGAUUUUACCGAUAUAUUCAAACAAUCCUUGUACCUUUGUCGCUUCUCUCCAAACGCAAAAUAUUUAGCUACAGCUUCACAAUGUUAUCUUGUUAUACGCGAGGCUACUUCUUUGCAAAUUGUGUCAAUGAUAACUUGGUCUGAAAUUGUUCAGAAUGUUAUGUGGUCUCCUGAUUCAGAAUUAAUAUUAAUAGCUAGUUAUAAAACUGGAAAAGUUACUAUAUAUAAAUUAAAUGAUAAAAAAUGGAGUGCGGAUAUCGAAGAAGGAACAUUUGGACUAAAAAACGUAAAAUGGGGUUCAGACGGUCGAACAGUAUUAUGUUUUUCCGACUUUCAGCUACGAAUAACAAUAUGGUCAUUAAUAACUAAAGAAGUGUGCUACAUACAAUAUCCCAAAUAUUAUGAUAAAGGAUACGACUUUCGAAAAGAUGGUCGUUAUUUUGUUUUAGCGGAACGCCGUGAUGGUAAAGAUUAUUUGGGAGUCUAUGAUUGUGAUAAUUCAUUUAAAAUGAUGAAACAUUUUCAGGUGGAUACGUUUGAUUUGGAGAAUUUGGCAUGGUCUCCUGAUGGACGAUAUAUAGCGGUCUGGGAUAAUUGUAUUCAUUACAAAGUACUAAUAUAUACACCGGACGGACGAUGUCUACAAUCAUAUUCAGCAUAUGAAAAUGGAUUAGGAGUAAAAUUUGUUACAUGGUCACCUUCGAGUCAAUUUUUGGCUGUUGGAAGUUAUGAUCAAAAAAUUCGAUUUCUCAACAAUUAUACUUGGACGCUAAUUAUUGAAUUUACACAUGCUAUCCAAUUGAAAAAUCGAGACAUGAAAAUAUGGAAAGAAGAAUUAGAUAGCGUAAAGGAAUCAGGAAGGACUGUUGCUCAUUACGUAAUCUUAGAACAGUCACUUCUAGAAUUACAAUCACUUAGACCUGAUCCAGAAAAACCAAAUCCAAAAAUUGGUGUUGGUGUAUGCAAGUUCAAUGCCACCGGAAGUUUAAUAGCUUCUCGUAACGACAAUAUGUCUGAUUGUCUCUGGAUUUGGGAUAUUUCGCUGAUGAACCCUAUAGCUUUGAUCAUACAAUUAUCGCCAAUACGGCAUUUUUACUGGAAUCCUAUGGUUCCAGAACAAUUAGUAAUCUGUUGUGGUAAUAGAAAUGUGUAUUUUUGGUCUGGUCACAAAACUGGUGUUGAAAUAGUCGAAGUACCUGCUGUUAAUUUUAAAGUUAACAAUAUUAGAUGGAAUCCAAAUGGUAAAUCUUUAGUUUUAAUGGAUAAAGAAAUAUUUACUAUGCUUAUCAUUAACAAGUAG